UCUUGGACGUUAAACUAGAUUUUUAAAAAAAUUAACAACACCAAUUAUAUUAUUAUAUUAUUUUUCUUAGUGAGCAGUGCAGAUUUUUCCAUGACGGCGGAAUACCAAGUUCUGAAAAUUCUGAGAGGAAAAUUUUGCUUGAAGCUCCAGAUUCACCUUUUAAACAUUCAAGACACGAUCGAGAAGAAGAAGGAGAUCGAGUGGAGGACGGAGGACGUGAUCGCAAUGAAGAAUCCUGUGUUGAAACCCUCGAAAUUCCCUCAGAAAAUAUUGGCUGUAUAAUUGGGAAGAAAGGAGAGAUGACCAAAACGUUGAGUUCAAAAUAUGGUGAUGCUUACAUACACAUUCCUGAGGCUUCAACCACCAAGGGUAAUAUCGUUGUUGGCGUCACUAUCCGUGGAAAGUACAACACUUUGAAGAAAAUAAUCGGAAAGAUUUACGAAAUCUUCUCUAAUCUAAAAAAGGACACCUCCUGCAUGUUCGAAUUGUUGUACAAAUACAAUAUAGCUGUAAAGGAUGAUGCUUAUGGUGAUAAAGAUGCAGAAAGACCGAGGAAACGAUCUCGACUGAAUCUAGAAGUGAAACCAGUAGAAGCAUUUCCUAGAACUACACAAGACUUUGAACCUGAAAUACUCCCUGUGGAAACUCAGUUUUUAAUCAACAGAGACUUCAAUCACAUAGAUCAUGGUGAGCCUUCUAAUCCAAUUAAUCCUAAUGAGCCUUCUAAGUUACGUCUCCAGCUACCGGAUAAGAAAGGAUUCCUUCCCCUCUCUCAGCACUGUCUUGUUCAACCCUUUGCUGCCGAAACUUUUCACAAAUCUCCGUUGAAAGUCCGAGCAAAUGAUAUUGUGACCUUCAUAAAGUUCUGCAAUUGUUGUAAUGGAUGUAACUACGGAUGCUUUAGGAACGCUGUUGAUAUGACUGGAUACAUUCCCAUGGAAUUUGUCAGUCCGGAUGUUAUCAAAUUUGACUGUCCUUUCUGCGAUGAAAUCACAGAAUUCUACGAGGAGAGAGAUUAUCUGGAGCAUAUGGUGGAUUCUCAUUUCUGGAAGAGAUUAAUCUCUUUUCUUCCAGAACUACCACCUUACACCUGCCCGCUCACUGAAUGCGGAGAAACCUAUCAGUCGAUCCAAGAGCUUUUGUUUCAUUUUGGACAGACACCGCAUAUGAAGGUUGGGGCGCUCAUUUUAGACUCAGUUGGUGAACGAGUUUAUAAGAUGAAGAUCAAACUAAAGUCUAAUUCUAAUCCUGAAAUAAAUAACCAUUUGGAACACUUGACAAGGAUGAACGGGGAGCUUGAACAGUCUUUGGCCACUCUUUCCAAUAAAGCUACUGAGGUUGAGGAGGAAAAGAGGCUAGAAAUUGAAAGGUUAAAAGCGCAACUCAGUGAGACGGAUUUUUUGAGAGAAAAGUUAAGAGUUUUAGAGGCAAAGGAGAAAGAGUUCAAAGAGAUGAAAAAUUUGGAAUCGGUUCUUGUUCAUGAGCAAAAUUUAGUUAGGACUAAAGAUGCUGAGAUUACAAAGCUGCAGAAAACGACGCAACAUUUAAGGGAGAAAUUAAAAGCGUCGGAGCGUAUAAAUGCGCAACUCAACAGCAGAAAUGUGAUCAGUAUUGAUGAUGACGAACUAGAGAAAACUAGAAAAGAAUUAAAUGACGCCAAGAAAUUAUUACAGACCAAGGAUGCAAAUAUUGUCCAACUAUCAACUCAAAAUAAUGUGUUAACAGUUGAACUGAAAAAUUUGAAAACCAAUGGCGCUCACACAAGUACUAGCUCUCUUGAUCUUGAGAAGGAAAUUGAGAAGCUCACAAAAAAAGUAAAUGCGCAAAAACAGAUGCUGCAAGUUAAACAAACAGAAAUUGAUCUGCUCAGAGAACAAAUCGAAGCUGCAGAUAUCUGAGAGAAAUAUUUUUCCAAAAAUUGCAUUUAUUAAACCUUUUCAGAA